AUGGCGUCUUCUUCAACUUCAUCCGCUAAUAAGAGCUUUAAGUAUGAUGUAUUUUUGAGUUUCAGGGGUGAAGAUACUCGUACGAGCUUCGUUGAUCAUCUUUAUCAUGCUCUUCAGAACAAAAGCAUUCAUACUUACAAGGACGAUGAGAGAAUCAGAAAAGGGAAAAGAAUUAGUGAUGAGCUCAUCGGAUCCAUUGAAGACUCCAAAUUCUACAUUAUUGUUUUCUCCAAGAGUUAUGCCUCUUCAUCGUGGUGCUUGGAUGAACUUGUUAAGAUAAUGGAGUGUCAAAGGACUAACCAUCAUAUCGCUUACCCAGUCUUCUACAACGUGGAACCUUCGGAAGCAUGA